GGCCACAACACACAAGUCGCUGGUGAUGACAGACCCCGUGUUGGACUCACAGCCAACCAACAGCACUGGGGAGAUGGAUGGACUGUGCCCUGAGCUAUUGCUGAUCCCUCCGCCUCUCUCUAACCGUGGAAUCCUGGGGCCCAUUCAGAGCCCCUGUCCUUCUACUGGGGACCCCACACCUUUGCCUACUGAUCCAGGCUGCCUGCUGGUAGAGGCCACAGCAACUGAAGAGGACCCAGGGAACAUGGAGAUCAUUGUGGAAACGGUAGCUGGAACCUUGUCCCCAGGUGCUCCUGGAGAGACCCCAGCUCCCAAACUGCCUCCAGGAGAGGGAGAACCUUCAGAGGAAGCAGGUACAACCUUGCCUGGGCAGGAGUCAGCUGAAGAGGAGGAUGUAGAGGAAGAAGAGAAGAGUGAGACCCAGAAGGACUCCCAGAAGGCCCUGGACAAAGGCCAAGGGGCUCAGCAUUUGGAAGGGGAUGUGGCUUCUGGUACUGAGUCCCUCUUCAAGACCCACAUGUGUCCAGAGUGCAAACGCUGCUUUAAGAAGCGGACCCAUCUGGUGGAGCACCUGCAUCUCCACUUCCCAGACCCCAGCCUCCAGUGCCCCAACUGCCAGAAGUUCUUUACCAGUAAGAGCAAGCUCAAGACCCAUCUGCUGCGGGAGCUGGGUGAGAAGGCCCACCACUGCCCACUGUGCCACUACAGCGCAGUGGAAAGGAAUGCACUCAACCGCCACAUGGCCAGCAUGCAUGAGGAUAUUUCCAACUUCUACUCAGACACCUAUGCCUGUCCUGUCUGCCGUGAGGAAUUCCGCCUCAGCCAGGCCCUCAAGGAGCACCUCAAGAGCCACACAGCAGCAGCUGCAGCAGAACCAUUACCCCUUAGCUGCUUUGAGGAGGGCUGCAGCUAUGCAGCACCCGACCGCAAGGCCUUUGUAAAGCACCUGAAGGAGACCCACGGAAUGAGGGCUGUGGAGUGCCGCCAUCACUCAUGUCCCAUGCUGUUUGCCACAGCUGAAGCCAUGGAGGCCCACCACAAGAGCCACUAUGCCUUCCACUGCCCCCACUGUGACUUUGCCUGCUCCAAUAAGCAUCUUUUCCGUAAACACAAGAAGCAGGGCCAUCCUGGCAGUGAAGAGCUGCGCUGUACCUUCUGCCCCUUUGCCACCUUCAACCCAGUGGCCUACCAGGACCAUGUAGGCAAGAUGCAUGCUCAUGAAAAGAUCCACCAGUGCCCCGAGUGCAACUUUGCCACUGCCCACAAGAGGGUGCUCAUCCGACACAUGCUGCUUCAUACCGGUGAGAAACCUCAUAAGUGUGAGCUGUGUGACUUCACAUGCCGAGAUGUAAGCUACCUAUCCAAACACAUGCUGACCCACUCAAACACCAAAGAUUACAUGUGCACUGAAUGUGGCUAUGUCACCAAAUGGAAGCACUACCUCCGUGUGCAUAUGCGAAAACAUGCAGGGGACCUCAGAUACCAGUGCAACCAGUGCUCCUAUCGCUGCCACCGGGCUGAUCAGCUGAGCAGCCACAAGCUGCGGCACCAGGGCAAAUCUCUGAUGUGUGAGGUGUGUGCCUUCGCCUGCAAGCGAAAGUAUGAGCUGCAGAAGCACAUGGCUUCCCAGCACCACCCUGGCACACCAGCCCCACUUUACCCCUGCCACUACUGCAGCUAUCAGAGCCGCCACAAGCAGGCCCUGUUGAGCCAUGAGAACUGCAAGCAUACCCGCCUCCGUGAGUUCCAUUGUGCCCUCUGUGACUAUCGCACCUUCAGCAAUACCACCCUCUUGUUCCACAAGCGCAAGGCCCAUGGCUAUGUGCCUGGGGACCAGGUCUGGCAGCUCCGCUAUGCCAGCCAGGAGCCAGGGGAGGCCAGGCAGUGUCCAACACCCCCAUUGGACUCACAGCCCUUAAGCCAGCUGUCUGCCCAGCCUGAGGGGCCAGGCCAUGAUCCUGGGACUGUAAUAGACUCCAGCUUGAACCAGUCCCUGCCAGAGACAACUGAGGAGGUCAGCACUGAGAAACAGGAUGGCAAUGAGGCUCCCCAUGGGGAUGACCUGGUUGGCAACCCCAGCCCAGCAGAGGUAGAGGAGGGCAGCUGCACACUACACCUAGAGGCCCUGAGAGUAGAGCUGGAACCUGUGGCUGAGCCACCUCUUGAGGAAAUCACUGAAACAGCCCCUGUAGAAUUCAGGCCCCUGGAUUCCUCAGAGCCCCUGGGACUGGAAGGACCAGAGCUGUCCGGCUUUGAAGGUAUUGGGACUUCAGGCUUGGGUGCUGAAGAAAAUCCCAUUCUGGAGAAGCCAAUCUCUGAGCCCCCUAGAAAUCCUCCAUCCUCAGAGGAGGCCUCUAAUAGCUGGGUGGGAACAUUCAAGGCAACUCCACCUGCUGAGACAGCACCCUUGCCCUCAUUCCCUGAGUCAGAGUCAUUACUCAAGGCCCUAAGGAGGCAGGACAAAGAACAAGCAGAGGCAUUGGUGCUAGAGGGGCGGGUGCAGAUGGUAGUGAUCCAGGGAGAGGGACGAGCUUUCCGUUGCCCACACUGCCCUUUUAUCACUCGCCGGGAGAAGGCCCUGAAUCUGCACUCCAGGACUGGGUGUCAGGGCCGCCGAGAGCCCCUGCUGUGUCCUGAGUGUGGGGCUCGCUUCAAGCAACAACGUGGCCUCAGCACCCAUCUGCUAAAGAAGUGCCCUGUUCUGCUCAGAAAGAGCAAAGGCUUGCCCAGACCAGAUUCUCUCAUCCCACUGCAUCCUCUGCUCCCAGGUGCCCAGGCCUCAGAGGACACAGAAAGCGGGAAGCCCCCACCUACACCCCUAGAAGUAGAGCUACUGCUUCCAAAAGAUGCUCCUUUAGAGCUUCCCCGGGAACCAGAAGAAAUAGAGGAGCCUCUUGUCACACUCUCUAGCUCCCCAGUUCCUCCUACAGGAAACUCCUCACCCACAGAGACCCCUGAGAAGUACCACUUUGAGCAGGGCAAGUUUCGCUGCAACUCAUGCACAUUCCUUUGUUCUCGGCUCUCCUCUAUUACCUCCCACGUAGCUGAAGGCUGCCGGCGGGGGCAUGGUGGGGGAGGAAAGCGAGGGGCCUCCCAGACCCAACCUGUUGUGUCCCCCUUGAGCAAUAGAGACUCCGCUCCCCUGAGCAAUGGGAGUACAGAGUCCAGCCCUAGUGAUGGGGACACAGCUGUAGUUCAAAAGCAGAAGGGAGCUCGCUUCUCCUGCCCCACAUGUCCCUUUAGCUGCCAGCAGGAACGGGCUCUGAGGACUCACCAGACCCGGGGCUGUCCCCUUGAGGAUUCUGGAGAGCUGCACUGUGGCCUCUGCCCGUUCACUGCUCCUGCUGCUGCUACCCUGAGACUCCACCAGAAGCGGAAGCACCCCACUGCAGCCUCAGCCCGCGGCCCCCGGCCCCCUCUGCAGUGUGGGGACUGUGCCUUCACCUGUAAACAGAGCCGUUGUAUGCAGCAGCACCGGCGGCUCAAGCAUGAGGGGGUGAAGCCACAUCAGUGUCCUUUCUGUGACUUUUCCACUACCAGACGGUACCGGUUAGAAGCUCACCAAUCCCGACACACAGGUGUUGGCCGCAUCCCCUGCAGCUCUUGCCCCCAGACAUUUGGUACCAACUCAAAACUGCGCUUGCACCGGCUAAGGGUACAUGACAAAACGCCCACUCACUUCUGUCCACUUUGUGACUAUAGUGGCUAUCUUCGCCAUGACAUCACUCGCCAUGUCAACAGCUGCCACCAAGGCACCCCAGCCUUUGCCUGCUCUCAAUGUGAGGCCCAGUUCAGCUCAGAGACAGCACUUAAGCAGCAUGCUCUGCGCCGACACCCCGAGCCUACACACCCUGCCCCUGGCUCUCCUGCAGAGGCCACUGAGGGACCCCUGCACUGCUCCCGUUGUGGGUUGCUAUGCCCCAGCCCUGCUAGCUUGCGAGGACACACCCGUAAACAGCACCCACGGCUCGAGUGUGGGGCCUGUCAGGAGACCUUCCCUAGCCGACCAGCACUGGAUGAGCACCGGAGGCAGCAACAUUUUAGCCACCGCUGCCAGCUCUGUGACUUUGCUGCCCGGGAGCGGGUGGGCCUAGUGAAGCACUACCUGGAACAGCAUGAAGAGACUUCAGCAGUGGCAGCGGCCUCAGAUGGGGAUGGGGAUGCUAGCCAGCCCCCUCUGCACUGCCCCUUUUGUGACUUUGCCUGCCGCCAUCAGUUAGUGCUCGAUCACCAUGUGAAAGGGCAUGGGGGCACCCGUCUCUACAAGUGUACCGACUGUGCCUACAGCACCAAGAACCGGCAGAAGAUCACCUGGCACAGCCGUAUCCACACUGGGGAAAAGCCUUACCACUGUCACCUCUGUCCCUAUGCCUGUGCUGACCCCUCUCGCCUCAAGUACCACAUGCGGAUCCACAAGGAGGAACGGAAGUACCUGUGCCCUGAGUGUGGCUACAAGUGCAAGUGGGUUAACCAGCUCAAGUACCACAUGACCAAACACACAGGAUUGAAGCCAUAUCAGUGUCCUGAGUGUGAGUACUGCACCAACCGGGCUGACGCACUGCGUGUGCACCAAGAGACACGGCACCGGGAAGCACGGGCCUUCAUGUGUGAGCAGUGUGGCAAGGCCUUCAAGACACGCUUCCUGCUGCGUACCCAUCUUCGCAAGCACAGUGAGGCCAAACCCUAUGUGUGCAACGUGUGUCACCGUGCUUUCCGCUGGGCUGCGGGCCUGCGCCAUCAUGCCCUCACCCACACCGACCGCCACCCCUUCUUUUGCCGCCUUUGCAGCUACAAGGCCAAGCAGAAAUUCCAAGUGGUCAAGCAUGUGCGCAGGCACCACCCUGACCAAGCUGACCCAAAUCAGGGUGUGGGCAAAGACCCUACCACCCCUACAGUGCACCUGCAUGAUGUGCAGCUGGAGGAUCCUAGCCCUCCUGUUCCUGCCGCUCUACCCACUGGACCUGAGGGUUGAGAGCCUACCUCACCUCCCAGACAGCAAGAGGAUGUGGUCCAAGAUGUGUAAACUGGGACCAGAGCUGGCCUGAGGAGCUCAGGGCCUAAGAAAGGACUGGCUUUGGGAUAUCAGGGUGACUGGAACACUCCUGGAACUCUAGCUAUAGUACUUUGAAGUUAAUGGCUAUAUAAGAGAGAGACAUGGAUCACAACA